AAUUGGUCUCUUAUUUUUUAUUCUAUCAAAUCAAAUAAGUUAAAAACCAUUUCAUUUCUUCCCCACUGAUUCUUCCCUUUAUUAAUUUCCCCUCUCUUUCGAAAAAACCAAACGGAGCAUUAAGGUAAAAUCACGUUACUCACAAAGCCCAAAAAUCACAUUUGAUUCGCCCAAACGCGCUUCCAAGCAUAUAGAAUCAGUGACUCAUCGGUGUUCCUUCCUUCGGCUUCUUUUCAUCGGUGUUGAAAGCCGUAUCAUCCAUCACCUAAGUAAGCUAUUCCUUCUCUCCAUUCCUUUCACUUCCAUAAAAAUCCCCCACAUUCAAAACCUCAUCUUUUUCACCCGCCACCUGUUUGUUUUUUUGUUUUUGAGUUUUUCCUCACUCAUUUCAAUGCCUUCAAUUCCUAAACGCCAAAUUAUCUUCAUCGGCAUGUUUAAUAGUUACAUAAACUCUCUCAAAAGUCAUUCCUUUUCAUCACUCGCCCAUCACCAUCACCAUCACCAUCACCAGCAUCAUCAUUAUCAUCAUCACUCUUAUCUAUUCAGAAACAAAGCUUUGCCUCUAAUUGUAUCUGCACUUCAAUCAUCAAUGUUUUCUGUAUUUAAAUACUCUACUCGUUGCCAGUUACAACUAUCAGAUGCUCAUUAUGUUCAACUGAUUCAAUCUUCAUUGCCAGUGAACUCUUUUGUCUCAUUUCAUUUAUCCAAUCGCCAUUAUUGUUCAGAAACCGUUACCAUGAACCAAGAUUCUGUUUGUGGUGUGAGUGAUGAUGUUGUGGAGGUAAAUGGUGUUGUGGAGAGUAAUGGUUUUGAGAGUGAUAUUGAUAAGGUGCAUACCACUGUAAUGGAUAAUUUAAUUGGUUUUCACAAUAUGGAGAAAGCUCUUGAAAAAUUAGGCAUCCCAUUGUCCACACCAUUGGUUACUGGUGUAUUGCAUAGGCUUCGAUACGAUGAAAAGAUUGCAUUUCGGUUUUUUACAUGGGCUGGUCAUCAAGAUAAUUAUUCUCAUGAGCCUUGUGCGUAUAAUGAUAUGAUGGAUAUUUUGUCUAGCACAAAGUAUAAAGUAAAACAGUUUCGGAUUGUUUGUGAUGUCUUGGAUUAUAUGAAGAGGAACAACAAGAGUACGGUUCCGGCAGAAGUUCUGAUGAAUAUUUUGAGGAAAUAUACUGAGAGGUAUUUGACUCAUGUACAGAAGUUUGCGAAGAAGAAGAGGAUAAGAGUGAAGACGCAACCGGAAAUAAAUGCGUUCAACUUUCUGUUGGAUGCUUUGUGCAAGUGUUGCUUGGUUGAGGAAGCUGAAGGGUUCUAUAAGAGAAUGAGAAAAAUGAUCAAUCCUAAUGGGGAUACGUAUAAUAUUUUGGUUUUCGGAUGGUGCAGGGUUAGAAACCCGACUAGAGGGAUGAAAGUGUUGGAAGAAAUGAUUCAGUUGGGUCACAAGCCUGACAAUUUCACGUAUAAUACUGCCCUUGAUACUUACUGCAAAGCUGGGAUGAUAACAGACGCGGUAGAGCUUUUUGAAUUCAUGAGGACAAAAGGUUCAAUCAUAUCUUCUCCCACUGCCAAGAGUUAUUCAAUUCUAAUUGUGGCUCUCGUCCAAAACGAUAGAAUGGAGGAAUGUCUUAAAAUCAUGGGGCAUAUGAUUAGCAGUGGUUGUCUUCCUGAUGUCACGACAUACAAGGAUAUAAUCGAAGGUAUGUGUUUGUGUGGUAAAAUAGACGAAGCUUACAAGUUCUUGGAAGGGAUGGGAAACAAAGGUUACCGGCCUGAUAUUGUUACUUAUAAUUGUUUCCUCAAGGUUCUCUGCGACAAUAAGAAUUCUGAGGAAGCCCUCAAACUAUACGGGAGAAUGGUUGAUUUGAAUUGUGUUCCUAGUGUCCAAACUUACAAUAUGCUGAUUUCGAUGUUUUUUAGGAUGGAUGAUCCUGACGGGGCAUUUGAGACUUGGCAUGAAAUGGAGAAGAGAGGUUGUAGACCAGACACAGAUACAUACUGUGUCACGAUUGAGGGUUUAUUUAACUUCAAUAAAGCAGAAGAUGCUUGUAUUCUUUUGGAAGAAGUGAUAAACAAGGGAAUGAAAAUUCCUUAUAGAAAGUUUGAUUCCUUGUUGAUGCAACUUUCGGCUAUUGGUGAUCUCAAGGCUAUCCAUAAGCUCUCGGAUCAUAUGAGGAAAUUCUAUAAUAAUCCUAUGGCAAGACGCUAUGCUCUAAGCCAGAAGCGUAAGAGCAUGGGUUUGAGAGGGAAAUCGUAGUUAGAAAUUUCUUGGUUGAGUUUGUACUACCUUUCUGCAAAAGCUUGGAGGAGAUUCUGUUAUGAGGGUUUUUCUCAUGUUGACAAGUAUUUUCUGGUGACAUGGCAGGUUUAGUAUUUACCAUUUUAGGUUCUGCCUUCAAGCUUGUCUCUGCAUUGCAUGUUGGGCUAAUCAUGAUGACAACUAGUUGCAUCUUUGGACAUGGUCUAUUGGCCAUGCCCUCUCCUGCCAAUACUUUUGCAUGAAAAACUUGAGUCUUUGGAUCUCAGCUAUUCUUGUUUUUGUUCAGCAAGAGAAAUUUUGGAAGCUGUUAUGACAUUCUGAUUGAGCGGUGAUGAUUGGCUAAUGCAACCUAAAUGCGGAAAGAUACAAUUAUGUAUUAUGUUGUCUUGUGUGGGAGAAGGGGUUGCGAAUUGUGCAUGACGGCAAAAUUUGUUAUCUGUUCAAGAAUCUGUUGGUUACUUCCGCUGAAAGAUAUUCCAAUUUAAUGACAUUUUGUCUAGCAUCUUAAGGGUUAUGAUUUGACCCUAUGAAAUAGCUACCUGUAUCAUAAUUAAUGAAUGGACAGUCACUUCAAUAAUGAUCACAGUUUACUUUUUCCCUUCGUUGGUCACAUUCUA